AUGGAGACUGGAAACGGCACAAUGGUGACAGAGUUCAUUAUUUUGGGGUUAACAGAGGAUCCUACUCUUUGUUCAGUCUUCUUUGUGGUCUUUCUAGGAAUCUACAUUGUUACGAUAUUGGGCAAUGGCAGCAUAAUCAUGUUAAUCCGAAGAAGCCCUCAGCUCCACACUCCUAUGUACCUUUUCCUCAGUCAUUUGGCCUUUGUGGACAUCGGCUAUUCCUCAUCAGUCACACCUAUCAUGAUUGUGAGUUUCGUAAGGGAUAGAAUUGCCAUCCCUGUUGCUGGCUGUAUAGCCCAGCUUGGCUCUGAUGUUGUCUUUGGGACGGCCGAGUGCUUCCUGUUGGCCGCCAUGGCCUACGAUCGCUAUGCGGCCAUCUGCUCCCCACUUCUCUACUCCACACGCAUGUCUCCCAGGGUCUGCAUCAUCUUGUUGGCUGCUGCCUAUGUGGGUGGCUGUGUGAACUCUUCAUCGUUUAUUGGCUGCUUAUUGAGCUUGACUUUCUGUGGACCAAACAAAAUCAACCAUUUCUUCUGUGACCUCCCACCACUAGUGAAGCUUUCUUGCACCCAUAUUUAUAUUGCUGAAAUAUCUCCUGCUGUCUCAGCUGGGUCAAUCAUUGUGAUCACAUUGUUUAUCAUAAUUGUUUCAUAUGUGUACAUCCUCCACUCGAUCCUGAAGAUGCGCUCCACUGAGGGAAGGCACAAGGCCUUCUCCACCUGCACUUCCCACCUCACUGCGGUCACUCUGUUCUAUGGGACAGUUACAUUUGUUUACGUUAUACCAAAGUCAAGCCACUCAGAUGAUCAUAUUAAAGUUAUGUCUGUGUUAUACACAGUAAUAAUCCCCAUGCUGAACCCUCUGAUCUACAGUCUGAGGAACAAGGAAGUGAAAGAGGCCAUGAGAAAACUGAUAGUGAGAAUACAUUCCUCAUUUGAAAGAAAUCCAAUGUGA